AUGACGGCGCCGGAGGGGCGGCACGCGGCGCUGCGCCACCUGCUGGUGGAGCUCACCGGCCUGAGAAUCGGGGCGUGGAAGGUGCGGCGGAGCUGUGGGCUGUACCUGUUGGUCGCGGAGCGCGUCCGGAAGUUCGUCUUCGUGGUGGAGGAGGCGGAUCCGAGCCAGUCGCCCGCCCGGCUGAAGAAGAAGAUCGCAAGGGCCGUGGGUCGCAUGCUGGAUGUGCGCAGCCCGUUCGAGGCUGGGAGCGGCGAGGGGGGCGCCGGCCGGGUAGUGGCCUUCGAGGUGGCCUGGGGCGACGUGCAGGGAAUGGACUACGACAACCCGCUGCUGGUGGACGGCAGGAUCGUGCUGGAGGCGGCCAUGGUGGCGAGGCGGGAGUUCGAGUCGAUGUCGCAUUUCCAGCAGUUCUACUCAGAAAUGAUGUACUCUGCCGGCUGGCUGCUGCAUCAACCCAUCCCAAAGCCCGGCCUCCAAGGCGAUGGUGCGUUGCACGCGCUGAGCGAGUCCCGCUCUGUGCCAGAAAUGAACCUGAAGGCAUUCGUAUCUCCAAGCGGGAAGAGUCAAGACGACCGGGGCAGGCUUGAGGCAACAACAAACGUUCAGAACAGCUUGGGUGCCAGGGGACAGACAGUUGUUGAUGGAUCAGACGAGAGCUCUGAAUGCUCUGACUGCUCUGACUGGUCUUCGAAGACGUCGCAGAAGGCUGUCACAGUUUAUGACUACCGUACCCUGACAUGCCACUUUUCUCACAGUGCCAUGUCCUCCAGGCUGCGGCCAUGUGUUGAGAGCGACGUGCGCCUCCUGAAGCUGCUGGAGGGCGGAGUGCCCACCUGGGCUGUGUUCCUGCCUGCAUGCGGCUUCUGGUACCGCCCCUGGAUGCGUACCGUCACAUGGCUCGUCUUCAUCGCCGUAUCCACCAUCUCUCUGGCAUGCGGCUUUUACGACCUUUACAUGAACGUUCCCUUCCUGAAGUCAGCCGUGCUGCGGCUGAUCGACGCCAUCAACCUGCCGGCAGUGGACAUAUUGGAAUGGCUGGAGGUGCACGUGCAAGUGCGGCUGUCCAUACUGCUGACUUUCUUGUAUGGCAAGUCGCCCCUCUUCGUGGCCACGCUCAGGGUGUGCGGCAAUGCAUGGAAGGUGAUCUCCAACUUCCUGAGGCCCAUCGCAUUAAGCAUCUCUAAUUUUUUGCGGCACGUUGCCACCAGCGGGUGGCAGCUUCUAUCCCCCCUGGUCUUUGGCCUCAAGACAUUUGCCACAUCGCUCUUGACCUGCAUCUCGUGGGUGCUCCAGUCCCUCCUGGCUAUGGUGCAGCAGCCCCUGGCUGUGCUGGCCUAUGGCGCCCAGUGCAUGGCUGCAGCCAUCGAGCCGCUGCUCUCUCUGGUGUUUGUGCCAUGGAGGCUUUCAAUGACCAUGUUCCUGCACCUGCAAAAGAGCUGCCUCUCCAUGUUCAGAGUUGGCAGGGAUGUGGCGACCACCGCCUCGGCCAUCUCUGCCAGCAGCCAGCCUGGGGUGGCUUGGACGUGGGAGGGCGUCUGGGCCAGUUGGCUGGCCAUUCCCGCUGACAUCCUGGCUCUGUUCAGGACGUCUGCACUGAAGGUGGCCAAGGCAGUUAGGUCAGUGGCGAACGUCCUGUUCCACAUCCUGCAGAAUGCCAACCAGCACCGGAUAUCGCUGGGCCUGUGGCUACGGCACCUGUGGAUGGUGACAAGGGCAUGGAUGGUGAAUUGGCUGGUGUUCCUGUCGUUUGGGUGGCUGAGCGGGAAAGAAGAUGCUGCCUACAGGAAUGCGCGUCGCCAGGAGGUGCUCCGCCCGUUGGAGGUCACCGAACAUGCAGCAGAAAUAAAUUGUGUGCAAGAGGGUCACAAGAAGCUGGAGUAG